AUGAGUGUAGAAACUCCGAAAGAUAGUUUCGUGGGUAUAUCUAGUGAUAUGCCUUCCUACCUCUAGUCAAAAUUCAGUAAAAUUGCAGAUACUCCUAAAUCACGCCCUUAAGGGAAAAGAAUUAUAGAAUCUAAGAUUGGCAUAAGCUAUGAAAGUCCAUCUUACUUUCGUACUCAGCAUGGGUUAGUGAGUUCAGAUACUUACAAGAAUCCUUUUUUAUCAGGCAAGUAGAGUGACGGAAUUGUUUCUCCUUUAAAGAAUAAGCAAACAUUUAGCAUAUUUAAUAAAUUAAAUGAAGACUAGAAGAAAGAUUUCUUUUAUAUCAAAGAAAUAAAAACUCAACCUAUUUACAAUCUACUGACCCAUUAAAAGGUAGAUGUUGGCAAUAUAGAGUUGCAAAUAAAUGAAAGGCCUAAAUUUAAUGAUGAAUAUAAAAAACUAUAAGAAUCUAUAUCAACUCCAUUUCAUCGCAAAACAAAUUAGUUUACAGACUUCGUAGAGCGUAAUGAUGUAAUGAAUGUUUAUGGACAUCUGAAUUAAAGAGAAAGAGCUACAGAAUUUAAGAAAGUUAAAGAUUAUACAUUAGACUAAGAUAAAUUAAAUUUGAUUAAGACAGUAAGAGAAAACAGUCAACCUUCCCGCUUAUCAAGAUACAAUAAUUCAAUGUCGGGUUUAACACCUCGUCUAGUAUAAAAUAAUUACUCUGAUACAAUUACAAACUAAACAGCAUCAAUUAUACAUGCAGCUAAAAAAUCACUAUUCAACCCUGCUAGCAUCUUAAAUAUAUAAGAAAAAGGAAUAGAUUUUACUACAGCAGCAGCUUAAACUCUUCAAACUAAUAAUUCAUUCAUAAUUAAAGAUGAAUUAGAAAACUCAAAGUCAAGAAAUAUUAGUUAUUAAAAUAAUUAGACUAGUAGAAACGAAUAAAAUGAAUCAAGUAAAGAUAGAUAUUUAGUAAAUCAAUCUUUAUCUAAAAGUAAGUUGCAAACCUCAUUCAUUAGACAGACUCUUCACCACAAAGUCCCCAGAAAAAUUAUUUAAACUAAAUAUGAUAAAUUAAAAGAAGAAGAAAGUGCUUAAGAAUUGAAAUGUAUAGAUGAGUUUGAACAACAUUUACGUUUUAUAUAAGGAAAUAAUUUUGGUGGUAGAAACUAAGGAUCUGUCUUCUUUAAAGAUUCAAAAAGAAGAUGA